AUGGCUAAUCCAACUGAAAUGAAUUAUCUUGGUGGAGCUCGACCUAAAACCUCUGUUGGUAGUAGUACAAGUAAUGAAAAGAAGAAGGAAAAGAAACAUGUUGAUAAAUCUUGUAAAUAUGGAAGUGAUAAGUGUGGUGGCUCACCUUAUAGAAAUCAGUUCUUAAAAUCAUGUUCGUGUUGUCACAAUCCAGAAAAAGAAAGGCAUAGGGUAAUAGCUAAUGACACAACUCCUAAUCAUACUUUGGAAAAGGAUAGUACAAUUUUUUUAGACUGUGAAAUUCAACAAGGCUGUAUUCCAAUUAAAAAUGAGUUUGAUCUUGACAAUGUGAAUCAUUUUAGGAGAAAAUUAUGUUACAAAAAACCUGUUCAGUAUUCGUGUAUGGAAGACAGUGCUGUUACAGGUUCAUUAUACAAUUUAACUUUAGACUCUAAUACUGAGUCAAUGCAUUAUUCUAGUCAAGAAGAUUGUACUGGAGUUACAUUAAGUGAUAGUAAAGAUUUUUCAUCAGAUGACAGAACUACAGAUCCUGCUUUAACAGUAUCUUGCCUUCAUUCAAAUUGUACAAAUAGUAACCCACAGGCAUUUGUCAAGUGGAAAACAGCAGGGUUAGCUUUAAGGGAAGUACUAUCUAAGAAAACUAAUAAACUGAACAAAGGUAAAGUGUCAUUUCCAAGGGACCAUUUAAAAUCUGAUCAUACAAGGUGUUGGUUACAGAGACUUCAUGAUUUUGAUGAAUACAAUGAAGAUUUUUUUACCUUUUGUGAUUGUGAAGAUGAAGAAACUUUAACUAAAACUGGUUCAUCAUCCAGUUUACUUUCAUUUGAUUCAGCAAAUUUGUCAAAUCCUUCAAAUGACAGUAGCAGUAACAUUUUUCAGUUAGAUCCUGUUUCAUCUUGUUCUAUUCCAACCAUCAAACGCAUAACAAUACCUAUUGAUCAAACUAGUAAAGAUUCAGAGAAAACUUCAAUUAAUUUAGAAAGUAAAUCUGACUCUAAAUCAGAGUCCAAGUUGUUAAUCAAAAACAAUGUUUGUAACUCAACUGUGUGGGAAAUGCUACAAAAACCUUAUUUAUCUUAUAAUGAAGACAACUUUAACAAAGUUAAUCAUGUUGACAGAAUGAACCAAGUUGACAAUGUGCAGCAUGUUGAUAAAGUUAACCCUCUGAACCAAAUGUCUUUGUUGUCUCAUGAUAUCUGUGAUAUUUCUUUGUGCAAUAAUAACUCUAGUAAUGAAGAGUCAAUGAAUUUAACCCUUCCUAUUACAAUAUCUAGUCAUAAUAAUACUCAAGUUGAACCCAAUACAUCGUUAUUAUCAUCAACUCACAAUUUUAAUAGUCAGCAAACACAAUCAAAUAAACAAAGUGAUUUAACAUUAUGUUUUGACAAUUUAAACACACCUAGUCAUUUAUUAGCACCUAAUUUGUGUGGAACUGUAGAUAAAAAUGUGAAUAAAUCUCCUGUAAAUACAUUAUUGAAAAAAUUGGUAGCUGAUGUAUCUCAUGAAUGUGCAGGGAGCAAUUCUUUAUCUAAUAUUGAACAAUCUAGUUUUGAACAAUCAAUGCUUGAACAGUCUAGUCUCAAUCAAACCAAUGAUGAAUCAACGUUAGAAUUUCAAAUGUGUAAUUGCCUACAAUUUGUGUCAUCAGUGUCUCAACCAUUGUUAAGUUCUCUCAAUUCAACAGAUUUGUUGAACUCACACCUUCAAUGUGCAAAUUGUCUGAAUAUCAACCAAAAUUGUGAUUUCUACUCAAACUCUCAGAAAUCCUUUCCACCAGGAAAAUGUAGUAUCUGUAAAAUUUAUCACCAUCCAGACUCGUUGAUUGACAUGUCAACAUCUUCCUUAUUAAAUGAAUCAGAAACUAUAAAUGAAGAAAGUACAUUAGUAGUAUCAAAACCUAAAGUAUUAUGUGAAAGUGAAUCAGAUGUUACUGAUCGCAGCUCUAUUUGCUGUGAAACUAGUGGUGAGAUAUAUUUUAGUGAAGGUACUGAUAGUUCUGAUUUACCUUCUAAACUGAUACGUCUAAAUCCAACCAAAAACAAUACAGAAUAUUGUGCUCAAUCUACUAGCCGUGAAAAGAAAAAGAAAGUGUUACAUAUUCGCAAAUCUCAUCGUCGUUCUGGUUCUACUAGUGAUAGUGAUAUUAAUGAUGAGGAUCAUAAUGAAAAAGCAAUAGUUGCACCUUUGGAAGAAAGCAAUAAUAUUUUAUUGUCAGAUAUUCUUCAUCCUACCACUCCCUUAGCACGCUUCCUGAAAAGUCAUAUACCUUAUGAUGAACGUAGUGUUAAUAUGCCAUGGGAGAAUAUAGAAGAUGGUUUAAGUGUAGAAAGUUGUGCUGAUGCUGAUUCCAAUCAUUCUUUAACUGGUAUGUCAGAAGGCAGCAGUCUCCGUAACACACAACUAGAUCCUUAUCUUGAUACUAAAACAGAUGAACCACUCAGUCAAAUAUCUCAACAUAUAAAGAAAUCAUCAGAAAGAAAAUCUAUGCAAGCUCGACCCUCAACGACCUUACGUAAAUUAUUAAAUAUGGAGAUACAUACUGAACUAAAUGGAGAGAAUUCUCAAUAUUCACCUGAAACCUGGGUACGAUUAGUUGAUCAGAUCUCUUUACCAUUUGAUUGUACAGAAGAUGAUAAUUCCAAUGAUAUUAAUAAUGAUAAUUUACUCAUUGAUUCAACAGAAAAAUCCAAUGAGUUUGCUGAUCUAUGUUUACCAAACUAUGAUAGUUCAGCAAGUUGUGAUGCUGAUGAUGAGUUUGAAUGUGAUUGUGAACACUGUCAGUUAUUAAAGAUUGUUGGAAAUACAGAUAAUAUUCUGGCCACUGAUAAUGUUGAUGAUAAUUCCCCAGAUAGAAAUAACUAUAACUGGCCUGAUUUUCUAGAAGAUGAUACAAGUUUAGACUUAGAUUUAUCUGAAUUACGACCAUUAGAUCCAUUAUUAAAUAAUUUACAAGCAAUACCUCAAGAUUUGAUUGAUCUCAUGUUUCAGAAUGUUAUUAUGCAGAUGUUAGCUGUGCAUCCUGAAUUGAUGGGAGAUCAGGCUCCUCCCCCUGUUCCUCAACAUAUUAUUGAUAGUCUUCCAAUAGUCACAACAACACAGCUUCAUAUUGAUGAAGAAGUGAGUUGUCCGAUUUGUUUAUGUCCGUGUCAAUUAGAAGAAACAUUAACAAUAUUGUGCUGUCAACAUUUGUUUCAUCCACUAUGUAUACAAGCAUGGUUAGCAAAGUCGGGAACAUGUCCUGUAUGUAGAUGUACUAUUAAUGCUGUUAUAUAG